AUGGCAGGACACGAGGUGUCCGACACCAAGACGGCCAUGCAGGAUAUUGAGCCGACCAAGGUUGACAGCGAAGCCGCCCGGCCGUCUGCCGAAUGGGCGGCCGGUGACAUCGCCAACGUCAAGCUCCAGGACAGCUCCCUCGACCCGGCUCUCAGGGCCACUGGUGGAAACAUUGUGCACUACUCGGACGAGGAUUAUGCCCGCGUGCUCAAAAAGAUUGACACGCAUGUGCUGCCUCUCAUGUGCUGGAUUUACAUGAUCCAGUUUGCCGACAAGUCCAGUCUCAACUACUCGUCCCUGAUGGGCAUCAAGAAGGACAACCAUCUGAACGGGUACCAGUACAGCUGGCUCGGCAGCAUCUUCUACGCGGGCUACAUUUUCUGGGAAUUCCCCACCACGUUCUUUCUGCGACGCCUUCCCCUGGGCAAGUAUCUGUCUGUCAAUAUCGUCUGCUGGGGUGUCGUCUUGGCGUGCCACGCAGCCACCAGCAACUGGGCCGGCCUGAUGAUCUCACGUUGCUUUCUCGGCGGCUUUGAGGCAACCAUCACGCCUGGUUUCGUUCUGAUCACAUCCAUGUGGUACAAGCAGAACGAGCAGGCUCGCAGAAUGGGUUACUGGCUGGCCUGCAACGGUGCCGCUUCCAUUCUUGGUUCUCUGAUUGCCUACGGCCUGUCGGCUGUAAACCACUCUGCCUUGGCUCCCUGGAAGAUCCUCUUCCUCCUCUUCGGCCUCGUGACCGUUGUUACCGGCUGCUUCUACCUGUGGUACAUGCCUGACAACCAGCUGAACGCCAAGUUCCUGACCGAGGAGGAGAAGCUGAUUGCCGUGGAGCGCAUCCGAGACAACUUCCAGGGCAUCGGCAACCGCGUGUGGAAGUGGAAUCAAUUCUGGGAGGCACUGCGCGACCCGCGCACCUGGCUCUACGGUCUCUACUCCCUGCUCAUGAACAUCCCCAACGGAGGCAUCACUGUCUUUGGAGGAGUCGUCAUCAAAUCGUUCGGCUUCGACUCGCGGACUUCACUUCUGCUCAGUGCCCCAGGCGGUGCCGUUGAUAUCAUUGCAAAGCUGUUGUUCCCCUGGCUCUCCGAUUAUUUCAUGGACCGCUCUUUGUUCUCCUUCAUUGCCAUCCUGUUCCCCACGCUUGGCUGCGUCCUGAUGACCGUUAUUCCCCUCGAGCACAAGGGGGCUCUCCUGUUCGGCAACUACUUGAUCUCUGUUGCCGGAGCGUCUUGGUGUCUCGUCAUGGUUCUGAUUUCCAACAACACUCUUGGCUACACCAAGAAGUCGACUGUCAACACUGUCCAGAUUCUUGGUUAUGCCGCCGGCAACUGGAUCGGCCCUCAGACCUUCCGCAGCAACGAUGCACCGCUCUACCACACCGGAAAGACCGUCAUGGCCGUUCUCUACGGCUGCUCUGCUCUUGUGCUUGUAGCAAUUCGGGUCAUCAACAUUAUCGAGAACAAGCGCCGUGACAAGGUCCAGGCCGAGUCUGGCAUUGACCUCAACGACCCCGAGGUGCAGGAAUCGAUCCAGAGAUCCAAGUUCAUGGAUCUGACCGAUUAUGAGCAGCCCCACUUCCGAUACAUUCUGUAA